UUUUGUUUUUUGUCAUAUCUGUUCCAAAACUUUGCCUCCUCUUCUUUGAAAUGUGUGAAACUAAUUACUUAAAUAGUUGUUUGCUACAAAAUAAGCAUUUUCAAUUGCUUAUUCAACACAUUUUUCGGAAGUAUCAGUGUUUUAAACGCAUACUUAAAUUCUCCCACCGCUUCAUGGUCCAUUGACUGGCUAUUGUUUAUUCUGAAGCCACAUUAAAACGAUCAUUAUCUACGUCGAACCGUGCGAUGUGUGUGAGAAUAUGACAAUUCAGCCAUUCAAGUGCAUAAAUCAGCGAAGUAAGUCGGUGGUUGUCGAUAAAAAACAACAACAAUAACAAAAUAGCUGAUUGUAUUAAAUAACUAAAACUACACUAAAAUAUAAGAUAAAUGAGUUAAAAUAAAUUAAGCUGAAAAUCAAAGUAAAUUGCUAGCUACCUAAACGCCAGCGAAUGAAGCACUAUAAUAAAGACUUGAAACUAGUCCGAAUAAGUGUAAACAAAAUCAUUAAAAAGAAUCGUAUGUAAAAAAAGUAUAAAAAUAAAAAAAUAUAAACAAAUAAGGAGAAAAUUAAAAAAACAAAUUAUUUAGAAAAAGUUAAGUAAGACCAAAAAAUUCUUAAUACAAAAAAUUAAGUAAAAAAUAUGUAAAAAUUCAAUAAAAAAAUGUUUAAAAAGGAAAUGAGUCUGAGUAAAAAUAACUUAUAAAUAAAAAAACUCAACAUAAAAACAUUCUGAGAAAAAAUAAUAUUAAAAUAAGAUAAGUUGAUUUUGGCUGCACCGAAAUUAAAAUACCCUUCACAGGUGCAUUUUUCAUAAUAUAAAAGGGUAUAAACAUAUCGUUUUUUUUUAUUUUGAUAGUUCAGUUUUUAUGGCAGCUAUUUGCUACAAUAGUCCGAUCUAAACAAUUUUUUGAUAAGCAAUGAAAAAAACUACUUUAAAAUAAUCUUAACUACCUGCUAGUAUUUUAACCAAUUUUUUUCUAAUUACCCAACCGAUAUUGCUUGAUAAAUGAGCUGAUAUCUGUAAUACACGCUUGCGCUUACAAACACACAUGCUUACAUAUCUACAUACAUACAAAUAUAUAAACGUCCAUAUAUAUAUGUUAUUUAAAAAAAAGUUAGUUAUAGUUUGUAUGUACUAGGUAUGUACGUCAGCAAAUAAUUACAGACGGCCGUAUGCGGAGGCACAACUCAAAGUAAAUGUUUUGUUUUUUCACCUUCUUAUUUCUGAGCAUUAAACGAAAAUGUGAAAAACGUGAAAAAGUGCGCAGAAGGUAAAAACAAGCGAUAAAUAUGUAUAUUAAAAUUUUUAUUUGAAGUUCUUAAGCGGCUACACAAAGCCCACAUAGUCGUCAGCACAAGUGGAAAUUCGGUGAGAGAACAAAGAUUGGCGCAUGUUUCGGCUUGUGACUAAAAUAAAUUUGCAUUUAAAGUAGAUAAAGAUAAAUGACGCGUCUACAUACUAUAUAAAUGUUUGCGAAAAGCUUGAACCAUUUUUUGACUUUUUGAAAUUAUUUGAACUUUAUGAGAAAAACGCUAAAAUAGACAGCUGCCAAGUUAGCGAAAGUUAGACAAAUAUGUGCACUUACUUGUAUGUGACUCAGCCAAGAACUGAUACAAGUAGGCUUUACGUGAGCCCAUAAAUACUUUUUUGCGUUGGUCAUCAAAGAUUAGAUGGAUUAUAUUCGAAGGACUUUUUUAUCACAUUUCUACCAUAUUCCACCAAUUGGUGUGUCCACUUAUUUCAUCUUUAAGAUGUUAUCAAACGGGAUGUUACAAAAACUAUAAUUUUGACUUUCUUAAGGAAAAGAUGUAGAUCUGGUUUUUAUUGCUAUUGUAAUGAGAAUAUUCUACAAAAAAUUUUAAAAAAAUUUACAGCGCUGGAUCAAUCAUAAAUACGGGUCCGUUUCGAUUAAGCAAAUCGGUGUCUUGUGGAAUAUCAUCCCUUUGAAACCCAGCUGUUUGAGGUCGUGCUGGCAUAUGUAUAUAUACCUAUAUAUAUAUAAGUAAUUCCUAAAAUUGCAGUGAACUCAAAUAUUUAAAUACAAUAUAUAUCGUAUAUCUUAAAAUUACGGAAAUUGAUCUAAUUCAUUGAUAUGUCAGAUGUACAAGUAUAGCGUUUUCGAUUAAAAGGACCUACCAUGUCUCAGUUUAGUUUUGUUUUAGAUACAGACGGGUACAAAAUAUAACCAAAAUUUAUAUCUGGAUUUUUAACAAAAUAACAAUUUCCUUUAAGCAGAGCAUCGUUGGCAGCUUAAAAAAGUCGCUCUCUCUGCUAUUUUAUUGAGUUAACAGUGCUCAAAGUACUUGAGAGAUGCUCAAAUCAUUUUGGCUCAAGAUUAAUGCAUCAUCAUGGCGCGUAAAUAGAAGACAGAGUUGGUGGGAUAUAACGUUCAGAAUUAGGCAUAAAGCAGCUUUUUAAGUAGGAACAUCAUUAGUAUAUUCACUGGUCACAGUCUGUUGGUCAUUGAUUUACAGGGAAACAAUGUAGCAUCUCUUGUGCACUUGUCCUGCAUUGGCAAGGCAACGCUUCAAGCAUUUGGAUGCCACACGGUAUGAGACACUGAGAGAAGUAUCGAAAGUGUGGCCACAGAACCUAUUGAAAUUCGUUGCAUUGGCAUCCUAGAAGAUGGUUAUUCCUCAUGGACUACGUAGCUGCACUCCAUCUGGCAACGCUAAGUGCCAAAACUGGUCUAAGCAUAGCUCAUUACUAUAGCAGACUACACUAAUAGAUCAUCGAUCGCUUAGCCGAGUUCACAACCAAUCGAUUGAUAUUUUUGCUCUAACCUAAUUUUUAAAUAUUUAUUUACAAUAAUUAUCAAUUUUGAUUGAAGUCAACUAAAAUGAUAUCCUCAGAAAUGCAACGAAGCACAAAGUAUUAUAUAUUGAUUUAUUUAAUCAGUACCAACUGAAAAAUAUUAAAAACUAAAUUACAGCGGCUAUUAAGCUAAUUGACAAACCGAUUUCUUAUCUGAAAAUAAUUAAAAAUAUUUGUCUUCCAAAUAAGUGAAUGACAAACAAAUUCUACCGAAUGACUGAAAGUUACAUUCGAACUCAUUUUGUCAUAAGCGAGUAUGUGUGUGUGUUUUUAUUUAGAUAUAUUAUAUAAAUACAUGCAUACGAGUAUACAUUUCGAAAUUUAUUGGCGCUAUUAAAUACGGUUAAGUAAAUUAAGACACGCCAGCAUGCAAACGGGAAAAAAACGCUGUCUAAUUUGACAUAACAAAUUAUUUAAUGAGCAUCGACACCCACAAAUGUGAAGAUUAGACAAAUUACAGAGUUAUUGUGCAAAAGCUUAUUCGAAGUGUUCUUCGAAUUAGACAGUUACACAUGUCACGAAGUGACUUUCAAUUUGUGUCUCUAUGAAAAUACUUAAUUUGAAAAGCGCUACUUGCAAUGUAAAGUCGAAUUUUAAUCGUUGGUAAUUGCAACAGUCUGAUGACGUGGAGCAUGACUGCACUGCAGGCGCAUCUCCAUAAAAGACAAAUGAUUCGUUGUUGGAGAGAAUUUUUCGGUCUAUUUGAGCUUAAGUUUCGCGAUUAUUUAUGAUGGAGAGUCAACUUAUAUAUUCGACAGUAGGUAGAUCAUUGAACCCCUUUGAACCAGCUUCCUCUCUCAUCCACUAAAAAAGUAUUAAGAAAUUUCGUUCGAAAAUCAUAAUACUAGGUAUAUGGAUGCCAAUGGAGUACUGAACUGCAGAGGAUAUAUUAUUAUUAUGAAUUUAUGACCACUUAAUUGCCGAAAAACCAAAAUUAAAUCAAACACAAAAAUUGUAGAAAUAGAAGUAGCCUUUGCUGAAAAAUUCAUUGAUCCAUUGCACCUGACUUAUACCAGUUGUUUGUUCGAUACGACACCGAGUGGAAGACAGGUAUACGGAAUUGAUGUGCAAUGAUUUGAGAUUUGCGCGAAAACUAAAAUUAUCCGAAGAUCUCUUGCCGACAGCUGUACUUAGUGUAAGCUCUAAUCGACACAAUUAAAUUGAUUAGCAACUCGGGUAUCACGUAGAUAAUUUAUACUUAAGAAUGCUUCAAAUUAUGUGGAAUUUCCGCCAAGCAUUGACAAUUAUAUUGCUAUGCUGCAAUGUGCUGACGGCAGCACAAAGUAAUGACAAACCCAAUAUUGUAAUUAUAUUGGCUGAUGAUCUGGGUGUUGAUGAUGUCAGCUUUCGUGGCUCCAAUAAAUUUUUGACACCCAAUAUCGAUGCUUUAGCUUAUAGUGGCAUUAUUCUGAAAAAUCUUUACACAGCAUCUAUGUGUACGCCUUCAAGAUCAGCACUACUAACGGGAAAAUAUCCAAUUCAUACAGGUAUGCAACAUUACAUCAUACCGAACUAUGAACCCUGGGGUCUGCCGCUUAAUGAGACGACAAUGGCGCAGAUCUUCAAACAGCAUGGCUACUAUACUAGCAUAAUUGGCAAAUGGCAUCAGGGUAUGUCACGUAAGGCGUACACGCCCACAAAACGAGGCUUUCAUCAUCACUUCGGCUACUUAGGUGCCUACGUUGAUUACUACGAUCAAACGUUGGAUGCAACGGUUCAAAAUUUAUCAAUCGGUCACGAUUUCCGUGACAACUUGGCUGUGUCGCGCGAAUAUAUCGGCACUUAUAUCACCGAUCUACUCACCGAUGCGGCGACCGAACUGAUAAGCAAACACGAUGCGACCAAACAGCCAUUGUUUUUGUUACUUGCACAACUGGCACCACAUGCUGGAAAUGAUGACACACCAUUACAGGCGCCUCCAGAAGAAGUUGAGAAAUUUACAUACAUUAAAGAUGGGGACAGACGAACGUAUGCGGCUAUGGUUUCCAAGCUUGAUCAAAGUGUGGGUGCCGUAAUAGAUGCGCUCGCAAAUAAAGGCAUACUCAAUAAUACCAUACUACUAUUUUUAUCCGACAAUGGUGGACCAACGGUGGGGUUGCAUGCUACUACCGCCUCCAAUUAUCCACUCAGAGGUCAAAAGAACUCACCCUGGGAGGGUGGCAUACGCUCGUCGGGCGUGAUUUGGUCACCGCUACUGGAAAAUUUAGGCACCGUUUGGAAACAACAGCUUUACAUUGGCGAUCUGUUACCCACCUUAGCUUCGGCGGCCAACAUACAGCUCGACACACAGCAAAUGAACCUCGACGGUUUGAAUCUUUGGUCCGCGCUCAAAUAUGGUUACGAUGCUGUGGAACGUGAGAUUGUACACAAUAUCGAUGAUAUCUUCGAUUACGUCUCAUAUGGUAAAGGUAAAUGGAAAUUUAUCAAUGGCACCACAGAUGAUGGCGAGUACGAUGGCUGGCUUAGUGUCCGCCACAACGACAGCAAUGCGGAGAUGGAUCCACGUGCUGCCAAUUAUGAGGAGCUUAUUAUGAACACUACAGUGUGGCAGCAUUUAUCCGAGAUAAAUGCGAAAACGGCGCUACCGGGUGUCGUCAACAUAACGAAAUUGCGACAAGAUGCAGCAAUUAGUUGUAUGCUUGCUAAUGCAACGCAGGGCGUAGCAUGUGAACCGCUGCUGGGGCCGUGUCUCUUCGAUAUUGCUGUGGAUCCAUGUGAGCAAAAUAAUUUAUACGAAGCGAUGAGUGAUGGCAAGGUGGUGCAGGAGCUGCUUAAACGCAUUGCGCACUUCCGUGAGACUGCACAUGCGACGAAUAAUAAGCCGUUAGAUGCGAAAUGUGAUCCACGGCUAUACGACGGGGAGUGGACGUGGUGGGAAGAUGUGCAAGAUGGUGUGGACGAUGAUCACAACGGCGAUGACGGUGAUAGUGCGACGAAUUUACGACUGAGCGGUUUGUUGUUGACUCUUUCGUUCGGCACUGUGUUUGUUAUUAACCUUUUAAAGUAUUCCUGUAGGCUGUAAACGUAAACGAGAUAUGUCAACUAAUAUUAAUUUAUGUAAAUAAAAUAUCUAUUUAUACAGAAAUUAAAA